AUGGCGGCAGCAGCACCGGCCGCCACAACGACGACGACAGCCAUGGAGAGGAAGGAGAUCGAGAGGAACAGGAGGCUGCACAUGAAGAGCCUCUGCUUAAAGCUCGCCUCCCUCAUCCCCAAGGAACACUGCUCCAACUCCAAGGACGCGAUGACCCAGCUGGGUUGCCUGGACGAAGCGACGGCGUACAUCAGGAAGCUCAAGGCGAGAGUGGAGGAGCUGCAGCGCAACAGGAGCUCUGCGCAGCUCUUGCUUAGCAACAAGAGAGGAGAAGACUACGACGGAGCCGUCAGAACAACUUCUCCCGGCACGGGCACGGCCACGGCCACGGGGUCGUCGUCAGAAGAAGAAGCCGCCGCCAGCGGUGCUGCGGAGGAGCCCGCGGCGGUGGUGGAGGUGUGGCACAGCCACGACGGGUCCAGCCUGGAGGUGGUGCUCAUCAGCAGCGUGCGGCGGCCGUUCAAGCUGCACCAGGUGGUCACCGUGCUGGAAGAAGAAGGCGCCGAGAUCAUCAGCGUCAACCUCUCUGUCGACGGCCGCAGAAUGUUCCACACCAUCCACUCCCGGGUACAUACCUCACACUGA